AUGUUGUGCAACGAUUUUUAUGUUGUUAUUUCACCGUUUCACGGAAUUCAUAAUCAUAACUUUCAAAAAAGGUACUUUAAAGAUUUUGAGAAUAGUUUAUACCAUAAGAAAUAUCAGCUACAAGUUUUCUCUCGCUGGUGUAGUCUCGAUGACAUUCUGUAUGUUCCGGCUUUGUUAAAUGCGUUUUUGGAGUUUGUCGACGAUCGUCAUGAUCACGAUUGUCUCCAGUUUCUCUUAGCAUGCAAUGCUUUUGAAAAAAAUUACGACUCUCUCCCUGAUGAGGAAGCUCUUGAGGAUGCAAUGUCUAUAUAUGACAAGUACUUUUCUAUGCAAGCAAUUAGUCCUAUUCAAAUUGGGGAUACGGCUCGCAGAAGAAUGGAAUCGGAGAUAUGUUCUGAUAGGUGGACGACCCACUGCAAUCCUCGUUUCAUUCCGCGAAGCAAUACUGCUUUCUGA